GUGCAUUUUCUGAGGUGUUCUCUUUUAAAUUCGUGCUUGCCGCCUUAAAUCCUAAGGAAUAAAGAGGGCCAGUUUUAAGACUUUUGGAAUGAGCUGAAACUACAACUCCCAGAAUCCCACCGACUCACGGGAAAAGCGUCUACUCUCGAACAAAGUCUCCAUUCAAGGCAGGCAGUAAAACGCCAGCGCGGAACAGGAGGGGCGGCUACUCCUAACAUAGCCAAUGCCCUGUUGAGCAAAAAAACAUAGCUUCGUUCUUCGGCUAGAAAAAGACGAAGGACUGCACAGGAUGUGCGCCGCAUUAGCGAAGGUAGUUGCUAUUACAACAAUGAGAAGGGGAAAAAGAUACAUUUGUGUUUGCAAAGCCAGCUGCCUGGGGCUGAUGGGAGUUGCAGUCCAAAACAUCCGGACGACAACACGUUGGUGAAGGGUGCUUGGAAGAACACUCUGUUUGUAUUUCUUUUUCUUGUUUUUCCUGAAUAUUCUUUACUUGUACCCAGGCUUCCAUUUGAGUUAAAUAUUCUGCUCAGACGAAAGCUUAAUGCCCAUUUUAAUUCUUUUUGCUGUGACAAUUUCCCCGUGUAACUGAGCUACCCUGUACCCGUCUACAAGAACAGAAGGAUAUCCUGUGAAGGGCAGUGAGGAUUACUCUGAAGUAUAGGAUUUCAGAUUGAUAAACAACAAAAUGGAUCAGGAGACAAAGUCAGGAUGGAGUUUUGCCUUCUGGGCAACCAGGGAUACACCAUAAAUCUUUGUUCUGUGAUUUAUUAAACUGGAAUAAUCCUGGUCCCAUAUCCCCAUACCCUUUGGGAGAGACUGUGGCUCAUGCAAAAGGUCCCAGGUUUAAUACCCCACAUCUCCCAAGAAAAGACCUCUGCCUGAAACCCUGGACAGCUGCUGUCAGUCAAUGCAGGCAAUAGAGUUAGAUGGGCCAAUGGUCUGUCUUAGUGUAAGGCAGUUUCCUGUGGCACUGGUUAGUCAGGAUUCUAAGCUUUCUACCUAUCUUGUUUGUACCCAUUAUUUCAAAAAGGACCUCAGGGUUGUUUACAGUUCUUUUACCAGCUUGAUUGUAAAACACAAUAAAGUUGAAGGUCAGUUGCUGAAGGGUAAUUAUGCAAUUGCUCGACUAUGCAUUUUCUCCACACACACACCCCCAAUUUAUUUUGCCACAAUCCUUUAAGCUAAAGGUAAAGGGACCCCGACCAUUAGGUCCAGUCGGGACUGACUCUGGGGUUGUGGCGCUCAUCUCGCUUUACUGGCCGAGCGAGCCGGCAUACAGCUUCCGGGUCAUGUGGCCAGCAUGACUAAGCCGCUUCUGGCGAACCAGAGCAGCGCACGGAAAUGCCGUUUACCUUCCCGCCGGAGCGGUACCUAUUUAUCUACUUGCACUUUGAUGUGCUUUCGAACUGCUAGGUUGGCAGGAGCAGGGACUGAGCAACGAGAGCUCACCCCGUCACUGGGAUUCGAACCGCCGACCUUCUGAUUAGCAAGUCUUAGGGUCUUUCUAAUAGAUUCUUUUUCGGGCAGAGACUAUCCAGAUAGGAUGGUUGCAGGAGAUGAAGUCUAGCAACAUCUGGAGGACCACAGUUUUUCUGUCCCUGCAGUAAAUAACUACAGGCCCAGCUUGCCUAUUUUACAAAAAAAAGUCACACAGCUCUAGUCCCCCACCCCCCACCCCGGUAUCUGACUAAAAGUGCUAAGCAAUGAGAUCUUUGUCUUGCUCUGUUUUGCCAUCUGAUAGCUAAAAGGGUGGGAUUAUGAAAUUUCUCCAAUUGGCUGCAAGGGAAAUAUUCCUCCCUCUCACCCUCCCUGCAAGUUUUAGACAGUGUGAGCUGGCUUUCAUUCUGAGAAUCCUGCACCACAUGCAGCAUGGAGGCUUCUAAAAAGGUGAGAUAAACGUGGGUUCCUGGUAGGUGAGGCUCUGUCUUGAUAUCAUAGCAUUGUUGUGUCACUUUUCCCACACACUUUGCUAUAAUAUUCCUCUGGAGUAGAAGCUGUAGGUCUUCAGGCAGUCCUUCACUGAAAGUUUAGAAAGUGAGCUUCCAUCUUAUAGCUGUUCGGGAUUUGCAGGGUGGGGGUGGGGGAUGAGGAGGGGUCAACAGUGGAAAAUGCCAGUAUUUCAGAAGAAGAAAUAGGAAUCUGUGAGGCCCCUCUUGUGUAAACAUGCUGUUUGCAAAGUGAGUCAAUUUCAUUUUCAGGAGAAUCACAAGACAAAUGGCAAGACUGUCUUGUGCUAAAAGAAAAAAAACCAAAACAAAUUAUCUGUUUUCUAUGGACUUGGUAACUUUUAUUUCAAUAUUCGUGAGUCUGCUUCAAUUGUAACUUACUUUUUUUCCUUGUCCCACCCCCAUCCCCACUGCAGCCAGUCCUCUAUACUUAUUUCAGAAGUUCCUGCACCUGGAGAGUGAGAAUUGGUAAGCACAGCGUGGAAUCCUAUUCUAUAGGAUGCUGCCAGUCUUUUGCAUUUCUUCACCAAAACGCAGUUAAUAAGUGAUUUAUCAAACCACAGAGCAGCAAACAUCAGCCAUUUCUGAAGACUAAAACGUGUCUUCUUUACUUGUGGUAAAGAGUGGGAGCAAAUGCUAAAAUUAGUUUGCUGUGGAAAGAGGAAAGCUCCUAGAUUGUGUGAAUACAGAAGACACGUUUGUACUUUAAGGGUGCAACCCUAUUCACACUCACCUGGAAGCAAACCUGACUGAGCUCAGUGGUGCUUACUUCUAAGUAGACACAUAAAGGACUGCACUGCAAAAAUGGAAAAAUACUGUGCAACCUGUGUGCAGAUUGUCUUUGGGAGAAAGCAGUUGGCCACAGCCCAUGUGUAUACAGCCUGUAUAUACAGUCAUACCUCAUGUUACAGACGCUUCGGGUUACGGACCAUGGGAAACCCGGAAGUACCGGAACGGGUUACUUCCGGGUUUCGCCGCUCGCACUUUGUGCAUGUGCAGAAGCGCUGAAUUGUGUCUGCACAGACGCAGCGCUUCAGGAUGCAAACGCUGCGGGUUGCAAACGUGCCUCUGUCACGGAUUACGUCUGCAACCCGAGGUUCCACUGUGCAUCAAAAGUGAUGUUUCAGGCUGCAGUCCUAACCCCACUUACCUGGAAGUAAGCCCCAUUGAAUUCAAUAGGACUUAUUUCUGAGCAUACAUGGUUAGGAUUGCACUGUUAACGCAUGAGGUUAAAUUUUUUAUUCCUUUGCAUAAAGUGCACUACAUGCAGGAAGUUCUGUAAUGUGCAAAGCAGCCCUCUCCUGUGGCAGAAAACAUUUGUGAGACAGGCCACAUUUACUCCUAUAUUGCAAUGUACGCAAUCUAGAAAUUCCCAAAUAUUUCUGCACUCAUAAGGAUUUUUAUGUAGCUCCUUCUCUCUUUGGCUGGUCUUUUUUAUCUGAGGACUGUGAUUAAUUAGAUACAUAUUUUCUACAUAAAAAUACCACAAUCCAGAUGUCUGCAUUUCCUACAUUCUUUAGAGGCACUCUGGAAACACUCAAGGGAUGCUGGAAGACUUUGGGUUUUAAAAGUUCUGUCUGUUGAAGCUCAUAACCUGAUAUAAUCUAGCAAGAUAAACAAGACUGACUCUGGUUGGGGGUUACAACUAUCAGUCAAAUAGAGCAUCAACCAUGUUAACUGAAUUGCUGUCUCCAGAUUGCAGAACAUGGUGAAGCAGCCUGAUGUCUGGUUUGUUGUUUCAGUGUAGGAGUGGGGAACCUUUGGUCCUCCAGAUGUUGCUGCACUACAGCUUCUAUCAUUCCUGGCCACCGACCAUGCUUGCUAGGGCUGGGAGUUGUAGUUCAGCAACAACUGGAGGGUGAAAGAUUUCAGCCCCCUCUCACCCAUGCUUACCUGUUGUGGAAAGUGGUAGACACCCCUUGCUUUAUAUUUAAACAGAGACGACACCUGAACAACAAACCCAUCUUCUCGAGUCACAUCUAGUUUGACCUUCAGUGAGGAAGGUGAAUUAGCUCCACAGAAACCACCGCUGUUGCUUUAAACAUAAAUGAGCACAUUCCUCUUUUGAAACAAAAUCCUGGUUCUCAUAUUUGCUCUUAAAGCACACCUUAGUUCUUAAAUCCAUAUUAUUACAAGUUCUUGUGAUGCUGAUUCUACAGAUUUUUGUUGUUUUGUUGCUUCAACUUCCAUAGUGUUCAGAGCUUGAAAAUUGAAGUGAUAAAAAUAUAUAAAUUGGAGUAGGUAGCAUCCUGAAACUGUAUGUCACCCUUUCUCUUGGCAGCACUGGCUCUGAAAGGAAUUGCCUAUGAUUCAGCACCUGUCAACCUUGUGAAGGAUGGAGGGCAGCAGGUAAGGAGAUGUGGGAUGUGGUCUGCACAGCAGGCAGGGUGGUGCCUCCGCAAGGGGGAAGCUUUGCUCUUCUGGGCUUCAGUAGCGGAGUUGAUCUGUCUCAGGAGCUGUCCUGUCUCCACAGAUGACACCAGAGUACCAAGCAGUGAACCCAAUGCAGCAAGUCCCAGCCCUCAAAAUUGAUGGCAUCACCCUCUCGCAGUCGGUGAGUAAGCAAUCUGUAUUAAUUAUUUACUUGGUUCUGCUGCCCAGGCAAAGGACUUUGCACUCCAGAUCUCAGGAGCGGGCUUGGGACUUGCUGGAAAGAAAGCUAUUGUGGGUGGGAUAAGAACACCUAGCAGCACCGUUAAAUGGGUUUCUUUUCACCAUGAAGUUAAUCCCACACUGAUGUUGCUUGAAGAAUCCCAUCCUACCUGUGGUUCCAUACUGAUUGUUCUGAGACAUGAGAUUCAUUCCUUACACGGGAUAUGCUUUUACUAGCAUAUGCUCCAGAUUAGCUUGAAAGACAGAUGGAGAACCUUUGGCCCUCCAGAGGUUGUUGAACUCCAGCUUCCAUCAGCCCCAGCCUGCAUGGCUGCUGAUGAGAAGCGACUGGAGUUGUAAUGCUCAACAUCUGGAAAGCCCCAGGCUUGGUUUAAUCCAAGCAGAUCUAGAGCUUGUGGUGCACAAGCUUCAUUCAGGUGAUCCAUGUCUUACCUGUGGAUUUGUUGCUGAAGAUGGGAAAUGGCACACCCGUUGUGUUAAACAUUUAUAUUGAUUUUUAAUUGUACUUCUAUUGCUUUUAUUUCUUACAGUUUAUAUAAUUCUUUUAUAAUAUAUAGAAAAUAAAAGCAAUACCAUUUAAAGAGUAAUACAGUAUCUAGUACAGCCACAUUACAAUUGCUGCAGCAUCAAAUCCAUGGGAGGGAGGGAGGUUUGGGAACUACUGCUUUAGAUUUCUCACUCCUUGAUCUGCAUCAGGGAACUAGUGUCUCCAUUUCAACCACAACACACACACCCCCCCCCCCGGGCCAUUCUUGUCUAAAAGUCUCUCCACUUAUUGCAGAUAGCAAUAAUAGAGUACCUGGAGGAGACGCGUCCAAAACCUAGUCUCCUGCCCCAGGAUCCAAAGAAGAGAGCCCUGGUGCGGAUGAUCUCAGAGCACAUUGCUUCUGGAAUUCAACCCUUGCAGGUAAUUGCCCAGUUGCUGGGCCUGCCUAUCUAUCCUUAACCCUGUUGGAUCAGAGUUCACUACUGACUGCAAAUGAAGCGGUGUCCCUUGUUACGAACCUCAGGCCCCAAGGAGGGCUUGUGGGAGUGGUUGGGUGCAGGGAUACCAAAGGAUGUCGAAAACAUCAGAAUGGCUAGUUCUGGUGCUUUAUUAAAUAUAUUGUAGGCUUACAGCAAAGCAGCUUGCCAGGUCUCCUAGCCUUUGCAGACAUGGGACAGACACCACAGCAAGGAAAUGGCUUGUCCGCAGAAUCUGUCCUGCGUCUAUGAAGGCUAUAGACAGUGUGGUGUUGUGGUUAAGAGCGGUAGUCUCGUAAUCUGGGGAACCGGGUUUGAGUCUCCGCUCCUCCACAUGCAGCUGCUGGGUGACCUUGGGCUAGUCACACUUCUCUGAAGUCUCUCAGCCCCACUCACCUCACAGAGUGUUUGUUGUGGGGGAGGAAGGGAAAGGAGAAUGUUAGCCGCUUUGAGACUCCUUAAAGGGAGUGAAAGGCGGGAUAUCAAAUCCAAACUCCUCUUCUUCUUCUUCUUUGCUGUAAUGUUACACCUCCUUUAAUAAAGCCCUAUAAUUGGCCGCUCUUAUGUUUUUGAUGUCCUCCUUUGGUGUUCCUGCACCAAACCACUCCCACGAGCCUUCCUUUGGGCCUGUGGUUCAGAACACCCCUCCCGAUUGGGUUUCCCCCCCUGGAUAUAUAUUCUUCAAUAUAUAAAAGACACAGUGACAGUGGUGUAGCGUGGGGGGUGCAGGGGGGGCCGGCCGCACCAGGCGCAACAUCUGGGGGGGCGCGCUCGCACUCGCAGCUCUCUGCCCCUACCUGGCUCACUCACUCUCUCUCACUGCAGUGCUGGCUGUGCGAAUCCGAUCCGAGCCGCUGGGUCGUCGCCCACUGUGGAGGGGGUGGGUGCCAGGCGUGCAGUACAGAGAGAGAGCGAGGGACUAUCUGGGGGAGGGACAGUGCAGCGGCCGCCCAGCGCAGCGCUGAGCGCAGGAGAGAACCACACCAGACCAGACCAGGCAGCAGCAAGAAGAAGCUGGCAGCGGCGGCAGGUUAGGGGUUAGGGGGCGCAAAUUACUUGCCUUGCCCCGGGUUAGGGGGCGCAAAUUACUUACCUUGCCCCGGGUGCUGACAACCCACGCUACGCCGCUGCACAGUGAUAGUGCAAAAUUGGGGGUGGAUUUAAACUGGAUCAGCCACACAUCGUUCCAACUGGAAGCAAUGCUUCCUCAACAUUACAACAUUAUUUCCCCCCGGAAGGGCACUUUUGCACAAACAAACUGCAACAUUUGAAGUAUAAAAAGUGACAGGAUGUUAGCGGAAGGUACAGGACUGGAACUGACUGAACACAAAAUAGUAUUAUCCUGACACUUUUGCAGGUUGUGAACCCUGUUGUAAGCAGAAUCAUGCUUAACCACCCCACACCAUCACGAGUGUGCAAAUAAUCAUGAAUGCACAGUAAAAAGGGCAUCUUGAAGGCCUCUCCCAGGAAGGUGGGAGUAAUGAAUUUCUACAGAUAGUAUGGCAGAUGACCCCUGCCCUCAUACUGUGUUGUACGAGUGCUCACUCAGUACCCAUUGUCUGUGGCCCUCUUUGUAUCUAUUCCAGACAAAAAAGUCCCUAGAGAUAAAAGCAAGACAAUACCUAUUUGUCUUGCCUCAGCCUUAAGGUUCAAAAGGCACAUAACACCACAGCAGGGGUGGUGAAUCUGCGGCGCUUCAGAUGUUAUUGGACUCUGGUUCCCAUCAGCCCAGGACACCCUGACUGAGGGUCAGGGAUGAUGGGAGUUCCUCCCCUAGAAAGACACAGCUUAGCUACCCUUGCAAUAUAUCAUAGAUUAAAGCCUCACUAUCUGAAUAAUUGUCUUUGCCAUACCUCCACACACCCCAAAAGCAGUUUUCCAACCUUCCUUCUCUUUUUAUUAUUAAUAUUUACUUAUUAGCCACCAUACAGUGAAGCUUCUGGGUGUUGUACUGUAGAGGCAAUCUAACUCUGGCUCUUCCUACAUUUUAUCAGAACUUGACUGUCCUGGAGCAGUUUGGUGAGAAGAAGCAAGACUGGGCAAAGAACUGCAUUUCUCGUGGUUUCAAAGGUGAGUCCCAGGUUGAAACUUUUAGCUGGACUUUAGCCAUCUGCUAGCCAGGUAGGAGGUUUUGAGGAGAAAGCUGUCCUCCUGUCUGGCUUGUACUGGAAGACACCGGUGGAACAGUUAAGCCAGUCUCCAUCAAUCUGGUAUCCCUCCAGAUUAAGCUCCUAUUAGUCUCAGGCAGCACAAGUUUAAAGAGCAGCAUAAGGCUGUUUGGAAAAGGGCUUUCAAAGAGCCUCACACUGCGCUUUGAACAAAGUCCCAACAGCUGGGACUUCAAAUCACAGAAGCAUCUGACAUAGUGAUGUCAGGUGAUUGGCAGGGGGGCACCCACACCUAUCAUUCAAAUUUGACCUGGUAGGUCUGGGGAAAUAUGGAUCUGGCCUACUGGCUUCCUCACUUCUGCAUAAACAUGUGGUCCAAACUUGGGUUCAUUUAGUUUAGUUCACAAGCCAUAAACCAAGAACAAUUGUUUGUUAUAGCUCACAGUUAGUCUGGAGAGAACUAAACCAUGGCCCAGUUUUAGACAACACCCAAGGCCAAGCUAUGACUUAGUUCAGCACAGCGCUGAAAAACAGGAGAGAAGCAAAACCGAUGCGAUAUCCUCCUUGGGAGGUCCAGAUAUUUGCCAUUUAAUAACCAGGACAUUUAACGUUCCUUUAUGAAAACACUGCCAAAUUUAGCAGUGUGAUUUGUCUAUGCUGAAAAACAAAAAGUGUGUUCUCGAUUUCCAACAACAUGCUGUUUUCUUUUCCUGGAGCUUUGGAGCAGAUCCUGCAUGAAACAGCUGGGCGCUACUGCGUUGGGGAUGAGGUAAGGCAAGAUGCGAUCCUGUCCUCUGGCAAGGAUGGCAAGAAAUCACUUGUGGACAUCCAGUGAAGCUGAAUGUUGUGAGAUUUAGGACAGAUAAAGAAGUGCUUCUUCAUGCAGCCCAUAGUCACACUGUGGAAGUCGCUCCCCCAGGAGGCAGUGAUGGUCCCCAACUUCAUUGGCUUUAAAAGAGGAUUAGACAAAUUCACGGAGGAGAGAGCUAUUGAUGGUUACCAACCAUGAUGGCUGUGCUCUCUCUCCACAGCUGGAGGCAGCAAAGCUUCUGAAUACCAGUUGCUGGAAACUACAGCAGGGGAGAGGGCUCUUGUGCUCAGGUCCUGUUUGUGAGUUUCCCAUAGACAUCUGGUUGGCCACUGAGAGAACUGUUUUGAUGGACCAUCGGCCUGAUCCAGCAGGCUGUUCUUAUGUUCUCUUAUCUGUGCACUGGUAUCAACGCAGAGGCCAAGCGAGUAGAGAUCCAAGGACACAGUAAGCUAAUAGUUUACUUAUUCCUUUCUCUCCCUACCCCAGUUAACCGUUUUAGGGACCUCUCGCAAAAGGCUGAACAUUAUUCUUGGCUAAAGCAAGAGUUGAGCAACAGUGCCACCUGCUACUGUUAGCAGUCCAAUCAAAAUGUCACAGGAUAGCGUGCAAGCUGUUACUCUGGUUGUUGCAUGUACAGAGAUGGGGGAGUGGCCAUUAUGUUCUUUCUCCUUCCAAGGCCCCAAAGCAUGUAGAUCUUUUCGGGUGUCUCAAGGAAACGUUAGUUGAAAGGGGUUCUUGCAAAUCCAGUUCUGUUUAAUGCACUUAUAUUCUUGCCGUCAUCUCCUCUGUCCAGACCCACCUUUGCACCCAGCCAGAAGAGAAUUAAAGGGAACAGGAGAGUAAGCCACACGCGUGCACACACCCAAAUUGUCAAAUGCAAAUCCAACAUAUCUGAAUACAAAAAUAACAAUGGUUAACCAAAGUCCACACAUGCCCCCAAAUUAUACUGCAAAUCAUAUACAGUACUUCACAGCUGAAAAGGAUACCUGAAAAGGACUAUCUUCACCUGCAGGAUGCUGCUCAUUCACGUAGGUCAGUUGAAACAGCCCUGAGUGAGCCAACCACUUUCAAUGGUGUUUCAUCAGCUAGAGAUUUUCCUGUUCCAAGUGGCCUGCCAGCUACCAAGUGCUGAUUUUAAUCAUACCUGGUACUUUGUUUUGGUUGUUUUCAUCUGCUGCUCAAGUGUGUGGCUUUAUUUUUUUUUUAAAAAAAAAUUCCUGAUCAUUUUUAAAUGGUUCACAAUACUUUUUAAACUGUUCAUAUCAGCUGCCCUGAGUAUUCUAAUACGAAAUGGAAUGGUGGGGGUAUAAAUAUCACAAUAAAUAAAUCCAUAUCCAGUUAAUGAGCUGAGCUACAGAAAAUAGUGAACUGAAGUUUGCCAGCAAACUAAUUGCAAAGGGUUACAGUACGUUUUUUAAUGUCAAACCGUUAAGAUAUUUCUGUAAGCAGAAUUUGGUAUUGUAUUAAUUUGUCUUCCACAUUCCCUGCCUCUUCUCAUUGCUUUUAAUAUCAAACUGCUCAGCGCUGUGCCUCUCAUAGGAUCAUCGCCAUCACAUGACACCGAUCACUUUUUUGAUUCCAGCAUUGCAGGGGUUGGGCUAGAUAACCCUCAGGAUCCCUUCCAACUAUACAAUUCUAAGAUUCUGAUACAUCAGAUAGAAGAGGAGGCAGAGAGACUUCUCCACCGUCAUUCCACCGGUCUCUAAGCUGAUAUUCCAGCCACAUCAACAUGUCACCACUAUAAUUUAACUCUGAGAAAACACAAUCCUGCUAGGUUGAAAAGCUGAAGGGCUCUUGGAACUGCUUUAACAUUUCUUUCUGCUUUUCUGCAGGUAACCAUGGCUGACCUAUGCUUGGUUCCCCAAGUUUUCAAUGCCGGGAGGUAAGCAGAACUAUGCCUUGCUAGUUGCUAGGGCAACUGGUGUGAUCCCAUUGGCCUAGUUAGCAGUCAUACAUGGGGUGGGAGGAUAAUAUCUACUGAAGUAGCAGACAAAUUGGAUAAACUUUCUGCACUGGGAUUCUACUUCCAGAAAAUGUUGGGGAGGAAGGGAAGUCAGGAGAAGUGCAAUGCUGUUAUGUUUUAUAUUUUGACAUUCAUAUGUUGUAUGAAGCAAUGGGCGAUAUCUGUAUGAAGUCACGGUGUUAAGUUGUGGGUGAACAUAUCAGACGACACAGCGAUUCUUCAAACAGCUCUUGUUUAUUCAGAGGCCAGAACAGAACUGAACUGAAGGGUUCAGUCAGCCUGCUUAUAUAGAGCUCCACUACAACGUAACUGUAACAAUUUUCUAAAACUAUCCAAUCACUGAACGUCACUUUCAAUCCCUUAUUUGCAUAGCUAUCUACAGUAUCCCCCUGCUGGCCCAGGGUGAGAACUUCAGUACAUAACACACGGUGCUUAAAAAUAAACCCACUGAAAUAAGCUGGCUAAAAUGACUUUGGUCUGUUGACUUAGAUGGGUGUACUCUGAAUGUGCCCAACGUUGCUUAUCACUUUGUGUUUAUUAAGAAAAGUAGAAAAUUAAAAAGUGCAGCGUUCCAAUCUACACUUGGAAAGCAGGCAGUGAGUCAUCCCAGUUCAAGAUGACACGUAAAACACCACCCUCUCACCUAAACAGCCCAGAAUUAGGAUGUCCACUAGACUUUUGUCUUCCACAUCCCAGUUCAGUAUUGUUUCUCCUCUGCCUAAAUAAGGCUUUGAGACUACAAUUCCCAUCAUCCCUGACCACUGGUCCUGCUUGCUAGGGAUCAUGGGAGUUGUAGGCCAAAAACCAUCUGGAGGGCCAAGGUUGAGGAAGCUUGCCUAAAUGGUGCCUGCUUUGGUUGCCAACAUCUAGCUACACAAGAUGCUCAGUGCAUCACUGGCAAUUGCAAUAGCGUUUUUGUUCAUUUAAUAGCAAGGAUGAGGGAACCAAAGUAAAUGCAGGGGAGGGGGAGAUUAGCCCUUCCCUCCCCAGCCAAAAUCCCAGUGAAUCCCACCCUCCCCUUGAAAUGCCUGCUACAAUUAAUGGGGGGGGGGGGAAGCAUUUACACCAAUGAAGCUUUCGUGCAAGAGCUUAUUUCACUGGAUCGUGGCUUGUGGGUGGGGCAUUUAUUCUCAGAAUAUAUUGCUAUUAUGGAUAGGGGAAAUAUUUGAUUUUGUUUGCAUUUAAAGGCAAAUCUGCACUUUCUGAAACAAUACGAGAGCCGAAACAAAGCCAUCCUUAGAAAUUCACACUUCUCCCAGUUUUGUGGUGCAUUUCUCCCGCCAAGUGAUGUGCACAGAAAUGCAGAUACUGGGGUAGGGUGUGCAUGAAAAUGUGCAUGUUGGUGAAAAGAACAUACAAAAAUGCAUUACAUUAGGGGAAACUGAUUUCCAAAACUGCAGUUGGGGAAAUUGUGUGUGUUUGUGCGCGCGCACACAUUAGGAUGCUGAUGAAUUUUUUUUAUUAUCAAAUUGCUGUGGGAAAAUGAAGUACUAUUUAAGAUUGGGAAAAUGAGAAACAGAGAACCAAAAUUGACACAUUUGUCUACCCCUAAUCACUACAUUAACUACCACAACCUCUAUGUCUAACUAUUCAUUUGUCUUGGCAGGUUUAAAGUGGAUCUUACGCCAUUCCCCACGAUAAACAGAAUCAACAAAGCUCUAUUGGAAUUGGAAGCGUUCCAAACCAGCCAUCCAUCACGGCAGCCAGAUACCCCUUCAGAACUAAGAGUCUAAAGCUGCCCCAUUUUUUUACUGAGGAAGAUUUGGGCCUAACUUUUUUUAAAAAAUUGAUUAUCUUGUGAACUGCCCUGAGACAGGUGGCAUAUAAAUUUAAUUAAUUAAUUAAUAAUAGUAAUAAUAAUUUGCCCAUAAAGGGACUCUAUGUGCCACCAUCUAGGAAGAACCACAACUUGAAUGAUUUCCUGCUAAGAGAGGGAGAUGCACUCCACCAGCAUGGUUUAUUCUGGUUUUAUUCUGUGAAUAGCCCUGAGACCCUCGGGUAUAGGGCAGUAUAUAAAUUCAAUAAAUAAUAAUAGUAAAUAAUAAUAAUAAUAAUGAUGAUAAUGCAACUACAUUAAAGCACUUAACAAGACCUAACCUUUGAUCAUGUUUUGACAAUUGUAAAAGGAGAUUAAAAGAAAAAAGUGUUUCUGACUA